UUGGUCUGUGUUUUUAUUAGGAGUCUAAUACCGCAGUGAAAGUUUUGGCUACACUGCGCACACGUCGCGUUAUCACAGUCUCUGUUUUUGGCAGCUUGUUUAGCAAACCUGAUGCUUUUACAGUGCUCUAAUUUUUAAUGUUGCCCGAUGAUGUUGUUACCUUAAUGAGUCUAAAGUCUGACUGAGGACGAUGAAGCUGAUCAUCCUUAAUGACUACGACCAGGCAAGCGAAUGGGCUGCAAAGUACAUUAGAAACAAGAUUUUAUUGUUCAGACCUGGCCCGGACAGAUAUUUCACCCUGGGGCUCCCCACGGGAAGCACCCCCAUGGGCUGUUACAAGAAACUGAUCGAAUAUUACAAGAAUGGAGAAGUCUCAUUCCAGUAUGUAAAAACGUUCAACAUGGAUGAAUAUGUAGGGCUUCCCAGAGAUCACCCAGAGAGCUACCACUCCUUCAUGUGGAAUCACUUCUUCAAACACAUAGACAUAAAAGCAGAGAACACCCACAUUCUGGAUGGCAACGCUGCCGACCUGCAAGCAGAGUGUGAGGCCUUUGAGGAAAAGAUAACAGCUGCCGGAGGGAUCGAGCUCUUUGUCGGAGGUAUUGGACCAGAUGGCCACAUUGCCUUCAAUGAACCUGGUUCAAGCCUGGUUUCCAGAACUAGGGUGAAGACCCUGGCCAAAGACACUAUCAUGGCUAAUGCACGAUUCUUUGAUGGGGAUCUCUCAAAGGUGCCCACCAUGGCACUGACAGUGGGAGUGGGCACUGUCAUGGAUGCGAAAGAGGUCAUGAUUCUCAUCACCGGAGCACAUAAGGCAUUUGCUUUAUACAAAGCUAUUGAGGAGGGGGUGAAUCACAUGUGGACAGUUUCUGCCUUCCAGCAGCACCCACGGACUGUUUUUGUAUGUGACGAAGACGCCACCCUGGAAUUACGUGUCAAAACUGUGAAGUACUUCAAAGGGAUGAUGCACGUGCACAACAAGCUGGUGGAGACACCCUCUUGUCCAAAGCAGAAGUGAGGAGAUUUUUAAACUCUGUGGGAUCUUCAGGCCUUUUCAAGAACAUUCCAGUGAUUCCUUUAUCUUCUGAUGAGGACACGUGGGUGGACAACAGGCAGCGUUUGGUGUUAACUUCAAGUUUUCUAGUAAUAAUCAGGCGCUGGUGUUGCACAGGCUGUUUUUCAGGUUUUUCAGAUGAUUGUUCAUACAAUUCUGCAUCUCAUUUGUUCAUUUUUAAUAAAGUGCAUUUAAUUGUU